GAGAACACGAUGAAACUGAUGGUGAUGGUCCGUAACUCGGAGUUCCUGGCCCGGGUUCUCACCACGUACUUCGCCGCAAUGCCGACGGAUACGUCCGACGACCGCCAGCUUCAUUUCGGAGAACCCAUCAAACAUGCCCUUAGAUUGUUCCGUGAGCUCCUGGACCGGUCUCCCAGUUCUUACGUACAGGUAGUCGCGCCCCUGGCAGUGUUGAGAACUACCAUUAACGCUCUAAGAGCCUCAAGCACUGCUGUGGACGACGACAUAGAAACAAAGUUGGCGGAGGUUGAAUCGCGCAAGGACGCCAUUUUUGACAUCAAGCGCAAGGGAGCAGUUUUGAAAGACGACGACGGAACACUUGCCACGCGCCUGGACCGACAACUUCAGCUCGAGGCGCCUCCAGACGACUUCAGGGAACUGUCGGUCAUCCCGACUUUCGAAGACAUCCACACUGACAAGGAACCGUUUCUUCGCCCCAACAUCGUCCGUGGCCGCUACCCUGACGUGGACACGUAUCUGGACGUCCAGUUCAGGCUGCUGCGAGAGGACUUCGUACGGCCACUACGAGAGGGUAUUUCCGAGUUCCUGGACAUGCGCCGACAGGAAUUGGGCCAUGACCGCAGGCUCCAAGACAUCCGUGUCUACCAUGACGUCCACGUGGUUCACCCCAUCUGCACGAACAGUGGGAUCGUCUACAGGAUCCAGUUCGACGCUGCAAGACUCCGAUGGGUUCGCUGGCGCUCCACAAAGCGCCUCAUUUUUGGCUCCCUCCUCUGCCUCUCCAAGGACGAGUUCAAGACCAUGUUCUUCGCGACGGUCGCAGAAAGCGAUGCGAAAGAGCUCGAACGAGGAUGCGUGAUGAUUCGUUUCGAGCAGAACCUCGAAGCCGCAUCGGCCAUCAGCCCCACUGAGACGUUCAUCAUGGUAGAGACAUCUGCCUACUUCGAGGCCUACCGACACGUCCUGAAGGGUCUUCAAGAGGUUCGACAGAACACAAUGCCGUUCACCAAGUACAUCGUGGACUGUCACUGUGCCAACGGCGUAAAUCCACCAGCCUAUCUACGAGGGAGGUUCGGGGAUGUCCACUACGACCUCAGAGCUCUCGUUGAGGCCCCAAGGCAAGAGAGAGUGAGGCGUCGUGUGAGGCGUCGUGUAAGGCCAAGGUUCGGCCAAUUGGUAGACCCCGAUCUUGAAGAAUCAGAUGACUCAGACGAAGAGGAGGAGGUCGUUGAUGUAUACGACGGCAACAAUCCACAGGUCGCUAACGCCCGGGCAGUUUCCAUUCUACGAGAGGAUAUGUGGCCUUCUGCUGAUGCUCUGCAUCUUGACGACUCCCAAUACCAAGCCGUGAAGAUGGCACUGACGAAAGAGUUCUCUGUCAUCCAGGGCCCACCGGGAACUGGGAAAACUUACAUCGGGCUCAAGAUCGUUCAAGCUCUGCUGAAGAACAAGAGCGUGUGGCUGACGGAUCAAGAUCUGCAGAACAGCCCAACCAGGCCCAUCCUUGUGGUUUGUUACACAAACCAUGCCCUGGAUCAGUUCCUAGAAGGCAUUUCUGAGUUCUAUCAAACAGGCAUUGUGAGAGUCGGAAGCCGAAGUCAGAGUGAAAAGAUGGAGAAGUUCCAACUAAACAACAUCCGGUUCAGGCAUAGGGCGUCAAAAGACGUCCCUCGAUAUAUUCAUGAAGGCAGUAUUGGGACAAGGGAGGAGAUGAAACAUCUCGAAGCAGCCAUGGAUAUGGCUGUAGCACAGAUGAGGUCCACGCAAAGGGGAUCCCUUCAUGAGUAUGCGCUAAUGCACUUGAUGGAUGACAAGCACAGAGAAUCGUUGAUGAGCAUGCGACUCGUAACCAACGACUAUGGGUGGGUCAGUGUAGGGAAAAGGGGCUCUGUAAUCCUACAGUGGCUUGGUCUCAGAGGAAACGUCUUCAUAUUGCCCGGAGGGGGCAACCAGAACCAAAAGGAGGAGAAAGAAGAAGAACAAGAAACAGGAGACGAGGAUGAAGAAGAAGGAAUUGAUGUGAUGGGAGAAGCCGACUUCUUGCAGGACCAGCGCCUCCUUGACAACGUUCAUGACAAAAGAGAGAAAGCCAAGAGGGAAGUCGUCAGUGCAGACGUCCAUCUUGACCUCGCGAUUGAUAUUGAGGCACUACAGCAUGAAGAGGAUCAGGCCAAGCAACGCGGUCAGUGGCAAGUACAUACCAGUGCGAAGAAGAAGAAACAGAAGAUAAAGCGCGAGCUCAGCAAGACGGACAUGAUGACCGACACUGAAGCUAGCAACGUGCGAAACGUCUGGACGCUGCAGCUACUCGACCGAUGGCGACUCUAUCGUCACUGGGUGGCCAAGUACUGUGCCGAAAAGAAGAAGUCUAUCAGGAAACAUGAACGAAGCUACGAUCGUGCGGCUAAACGUCACAUGGAGUUCCAGAGGCAAGAAGAGAGCGAGAUUAUGAAAAAAGCAACCGUCAUUGGAAUGACCACGACUGGUGCUGCCAAAUACCAAUCGGUUCUGCAAGACAUCAAGCCUGCCAUCAUAGUUGUAGAGGAGGCAGCAGAAGUUCUGGAGGCCCACAUCGUCACAACGCUGUCUCAGCAGUGCCAACACCUCAUCCUGAUCGGGGAUCACCAACAGCUCCGCCCCAACCCAACCGUCUACCAACUGGCGAAGAAAUACAACAUGGACAUCUCCCUGUUCGAGCGGAUGGUGAAGAAUGACAUGCAGUGUCAGCGGCUUCAGUCUCAGCAUCGCAUGCGGCCAGAGUUCGCUCGGCUCCUGACGCCGCACAUCUACGAGUCGCUGGACAACCACGAAUCGGUGCUCAACUUCGACAACAUCAAGGGCGUCUCGUCCAACAUGUUCUUUGUGGAUCACAGCUACUGGGAGGCGCACGACAGCGACACAAAAAGCCGGUCCAACACGCACGAGGCGCAAUUCUUAGCCGCCUUCUGCCGCUACCUGCUUCAGCAAGGAUACAGGCCGUCCCAAAUCACCAUCCUCACCACCUACACGGGUCAACUCUUCAACUUCAGGAAAGUCAUGCCGCGGCAGGUCUUUGAGGGUGUUCGUAUCUGCGCCGUGGACAACUUUCAGGGAGAGGAGAACGACAUCAUCCUGCUGUCACUGGUGAGGAGCAAUGACGAGGGCAACGUGGGAUUCCUCAAGGUUGAAAACCGUGUCUGUGUUGCAUUGUCUCGAGCGAAGAAAGGUUUCUACGCCAUCGGCAACCUGACAAUGUUGUCCCGGACUAACACAUUGUGGAGCAAGAUCAUUCAAGAGCUGCGGGAGCAAGGCUGUGUGGGUACGCACCUUGCGCUGUGUUGUCAAAACCACCCCGACACCAGCAUCAUGGCGGUCACUGAGAAAGACUUUGAAAAGGCACCAGAGGGUGGCUGUAUGCGGCCUUGUGAAUUCAGGUUGUUGUGUGGCCAUGUCUGCGCAAGCGCUUGUCACCCAAUGGACCCUGAGCACAGAGAGUACAAGUGUAAGAAGCCUUGUAAGAAUGUCUUAUGUGACCUCGACCACAAGUGUCCCAAGUUCUGUUACGAGAUCUGUGGCUCCUGCCAGGUGCUUUUGGAAAAGACCAUCCCCAAAUGUCAACACAAACAGAUGGUCCCAUGCUCUACAUCUCCGAGCUCAUUCAUAUGCCAGAUACCGUGUGAGAAGGCCCUUCCCUGUAACCACGCAUGCAAGAACACGUGCGGCCAGGAGUGCACCACAUCCUGCAUGGAAGUGGUAACACAUCAGCUCACCUGUGGCCACACAGUCCAGGCGGCCUGUUCGGCUAAAGACCUGGUCUGUGACGCUCCGUGUCCACAGUUGCUGAAGUGCGGCCACCCUUGUGCUGGUACAUGCCGUCUUUGCAAGCAAGGAAGGUUGCACCGCCAGUGCAUGCGACAGUGCAACCGUGUGCUUGAAUGCUCCCACCAGUGCAAAGGAUCGUGUACUCAGGAUUGUCCUCCGUGCAGCAGUCCAUGCCAAAACUCCUGCCCCCACAGCCGCUGCCAGCAUAAAUGCGGGAAGCCAUGCGUACCGUGCCAGGAGCCCUGUGAGUGGAGAUGCAAACAUCACAAGUGUAACAAGCCCUGUGGUGAGCCCUGCGAUCGUCCUCGGUGCAACAAACCCUGCCGGAAGACCCGACGCUGCCGCAAGUGUAAGAAAGACCAGCCAUGCAUCGGUAUGUGCGGGGAACCAUGCCCGAACAAGUGCGGCGCUUGCGAUCGUAAAGAGUUGACAAAGAUCUUUUUCGGCACCGAAGAUGAGCCUGGCGCCCGAUUCGCGCAGCUGCGGGAUUGCGGCCACGUGCUAGAGGUCAACGGACUGGACCAGUGGAUGGACACCAUCGACAGAAACAUCCAACUCAAGCCCUGCCCGAAAUGCAAGACACCAGUACGAAGCACCCCACGCUAUGGGAAAGCCAUCAAGAGUAUCCUGGUAAUGAUCGAGAAAGUCAAGAGGAAGCGGUACGUUCCAGAGGAACGGAGAGAAGCUACUACCAAAAAGUUGUUGGAGGCGCUCGAAAGUGAUGUCGACCUGAAAUAUCGUUGCCACGCAACCGUGAUUGAUCUCCAUAAGCAAGUGACAAGCUGUCGUCUGUCUUCACCAGAGCAGGUGGCCAUGUUUGAAAAGAAGGUCUUUUUCCUGAAGAAAAUUGCAAGACGCAAGAAAGAUAUGGUGAGCCUAUCUUCCUUUGACAAGCACCACAUCCCGGAAUUGAAACGGGAAAUCGAUGAACUAAAGAAGUGGCUGCUUCGCUGGACGGAUCAUGUCAGUGAACAGGAGUGGGAGGAGUUUGGACGGGAGGUGACCCGACUGAAGUUUCUCCUGAAGCUCCGCCUCCUUCAGAAGCGAAUCAGGAGGACACAAACCAGCCUGAACGAAAUGGCCCAGGCGAACCUCGACAGUGUGGAGAACAGGCUGACUAGGUUCGAACCUUUCACUGAAGACACAGAGAAGCUGGUGAAGCAGGAUCUGGAAAAGAUCCAGGAACAGACCCCGCAAGGCUCUGUAUUGGAGGAUGCCGGAGCAAUGAGUUCCGCCACUCUGCGAAGGAGGAUGCUGCUACAGCAGGCGUCGGUCAGACAGCGGCUUGGCACCGGCGAUGGACGGAGCGAGACACGCGCCCAAGUCCGAACCGAUCCGGCAAAGCUGGAGGACCACGACGUGGAAUUCGACUAG